UUCAGCUGUUGCUGUGCCCCUCGCUAUGGCGGUUCCGGCUCCUGAGAGCAUCUAUGAUCCUGAGGUGGUUGCUGAUGCUCGGCAGAUCCUGUCAUCACCUGAUCUCGUUGUCUCGUUGUCGUCGCCGACGACCAAGGAACUUCGGCGUCAAUUUCAGGAGGCAGAUAAAGAUGGCUCCGGGGAGAUCGAUGCAACAGAGGCCUGUGCAGUAUUUGCGCGGAGUUGUGAAGAAGGGGCAUCAGAAGAAGAAAUUCGCAAAACGGCUGAACGCUUGCGAAAUCAGUUAGACACAGAUCGGUCAGGUACGAUAUCCUUUAAUGAAUAUUGCUUUCGCUUUGGCCGUCGCUACCAAAUCGAGCACAACCGCAGACGUCGGAAUCGCUCAAAUUCCAAUGUACAGAAUUCCACCAAUGAAAGCGACAAGCUCAAGAAGGAGCGAGAGGAGCUGGAGCGAGAAAGAGAAGCAGUUAGGCAGGAACGUGAGCGGCUGAUGCUGGAGCGAGAGCGUGAAGCCUUACGUCGAGAACGUGAAGAGCUGGAGCGCCAGCGCCAGGCAAGCAGCAGAUCUGGCCAGUCGCAGGCCUUUUCUGCUGGCACUUUGGUUCGAAUUCAAGGCCUGCAGUCUGCUCCCGAACUCAAUGGCCGAGAAGCGAAGAUCGUGAAUUUCGAUGAGGCCUCCUCCAGAUAUGUUGUCGAGCUUCCUGAAGGAUCAACCAAGAAGAUCAAAGAGAUCAACUUGGUGCUGUCUCCUGGAAAGUCAGUGUUUGAAAGAUUUAGUGCAGCCGCAGAGAGUGCUCGGCGAAACCUCCAACUUGGCUUUGCCAAAGCACAGGUGUGGCUGGCACAAUCUGGCUAUGAGUGGUGGCACAUUCUUAUAGGAGUGGCCCUGGUUGUCCUCCUUGUCGCGUACUGGAUGCAGCCCAGCGUGAGGCCAAAGCCGUCCAGCCGAAGGGCGGAAAGGGUCUACCGUGAUGACAGUUACCAGGGCUAUGACGACUACGAGGAUUAUGGCGGCUAUGGCAGCUAUGGUUCCUACGGCAAUGACUGGGGUAUUGACUUUGGCGGCAUGCAGAAGUACCUCAUCCUGGGUGGCCUUGCUUUUCUUUGUUGGAAAGGAAUCAUACCUGUCCAUCGGAUGGAUUGGUUUCAGUUGUAUAUGCUCUGGAACAUGCUCCAGUCCAGUGGAAUCCUAGGUGGAGGCCAUGGUGGAUUCGGUCGCAGAAGACGAAGCAUGUUCUUCUAGCCGCCUAGCCGUUUUCAAAACGAGGACAGGAAGAAAGACCUCUCCACCCGUGCGGUAUGGAGACCAUGUCUGCUUAACGACGAGAAAAGGC